AUGGAGGAGCAUCCGGAAUUCUCCAAGCUAUUGGCAAACCCUGCUCAAGGUACCUCGACGACGGCGUGGGCUGCUGUUUCGAAGGAGUCGGAAGGCGAAUGCGGCCUCUACCUUCAUGAGACUGGUGAGCCGCAACUCGCCCCAGCACAUGCGCCGUCUUACUCGGAUGGCUACGGAGCAAACACAUUCAAUCCCGAAUCUGAGAAGAAACUUUGGGUCAAGAGUUUGGAACUCCUGGGAUUGAGCGAUGAUUAG